AUGCCGUCACCCAUUGACGACUCCCUCCAGGCCAGGGUCUCCCCCGAGUGCCCCCAGGAGACUCGCGAUGUCCUCUAUCACGCCUGGGGCCACGACCUGAGCGGCCUGAAGAAGCUUCUCGACGACCGCAGCAAGGCCAGCCUCCAAGACCCCAAAACCGGCGAGACCCCGCUUCAUGCUGCGAUCCGCGCCUGUGGCCAGGCCGACGAACCGAACGGCGGGGAAGAUGAGGGCGAGGACGGGUGUGUGGAGGAGGCUCGUGAGGUUGUGAACCAGCUCUUCUUCUCCGGCGCCAUCUGGAACGAUGUCGAUGCCAACAAUGAGACCCCCGCUUGUGUCGCCUACCGUCUGGGCCGAAAGACCCUGUAUAACCUCUGCGUCGAUGCUGGCGUUCGCGCGGAGAUUCUCCUUGCCUUGAUGGACGGCUAUGAGGAGCUCUCCUCCGGCGGAGACGACGAUGAUAACGACGAGGACGAGACUAUGCAAGAGCAAGAGCAAGAUGCCGCUGCUAACGAAGCAAAGGCUCAAGACGGUGACGGCGAAGUCGUCGAAGCGGCAGAACCCCUCAAAUUCGUCCCUCCCGACGCCAAUGAGAAGCCCGUCACGAGCGAAGAGUACCUGCAGUCGGACCUCACCUACGACGACAACAAGCUCCUCGACUCGGACCUCAAUGGCGUCAUGAUGGCCUGGGAAACGGACAUUAUGCGCCGCUCCGUCGCCGCGCUCAUCCCCGACGCACAACCCGGCAAGCGUGUUCUCAACAUUGGCUUUGGUAUGGGCAUCAUCGACGGCAUGUUUGCAGAGCUCAAGCCGUCAAAGCACCACAUUAUUGAGGCACACCCAGCCGUCUUGAAGCACAUCUCCAGUCCAGAGUCCAAGUUCGGGGCUGCGUGGGAGAAGAGCGGACCUGAGGAGGGUGCUUACAAGGUCUUUGGCGGCAAGUGGCAGGAAGUCGUUCUCCAGCUCCUUGAACAGGGCGAGCUCUAUGAUGCCAUCUACUUUGAUACCUUUGGAGAGGACUAUUCACAGCUUCGUAUGUUCUUCAUGGAAUACGUCCCCGCGUUGUUAGAUCAGGAAGGACGCUUCAGUUUCUUUAACGGACUUGGCGCAGACCGGAGAGUGUGUUACGAUGUAUACACCAAAGUGGUAGAGAUGCACUGUGCCGAUGCGGGCUUAGACGUGGAAUGGGAGGAGAGCGACGUUGACAUGGCGAAGCUCAACGAAGACGGCGAAGGAGAGUGGGAGGGAGUUCGACGACGAUACUGGACACUAGACAGUAGGUCUCCCAGCCCUAGCAGUAUAUGCACGUACGGAAUGACUAACAAUAGACAGAGUAUCGACUGCCAGUGUGCACUUUCAUGGGUUAACGCGAACAAGAUAGACUUCAAUCAAAUACCCCAGGCGCAAUGCUUGCUGAGAAUCAUGACAAAGAGAAAUACUUCUAAUUUAGUCUUCUUUUCUGUUGAUGAUCCUUUAGGUACCUCGGGCUCAGACAAACAUGACACGAUUAUAUGA